AUGUUCUUCAACUCAAUUUCUCCAUUCGUAUGCAGAUCAUGCCUGCGCCAACAACAAUCAGCCCUCCAACGAGGCGGAAGUAGCUUCAUUCACUUGCAAGCCCGCCGCAACGCAACACCGGCUGCUUCGAGAGGGUCUCUUACACAUAUACCUCGAGGGGCCUCAUCUACGACAUCAUUUUCGACGAUCUCCCGCUCGAGUUCAGCUCUAAAUCAGCCUCGUACCAGAUCUAGUGGCAGUAGAAUAAGUUCUAGGUCUCCUGACUCUGCGGCUACGAAAAAUCCCAAUGCCACAGAGGAAGUCGAAGAAAAGUCAGUAUCGACCAAGCCCAUAAAGGUUGAGUCUUCCAUGUUCGCAUACCACUGGGAAACCUCCGAGCCCACGCCCUCGGCGCUCUCUGAUGCGGACGACUUCUUUACCCGGCGAAAACCCGAGAUGCUAUGGACAAUAGGCACAUUUCGAGAAACUCCUAAAAGUUCCGCGCCUGAAGUCGCCUUUUUGGGUCGCUCUAACGUAGGCAAAUCAAGUCUUCUCAAUGCCAUUCUUGGUCGCAAAUUAUGUUAUACAUCCAGCAAACCUGGUCGAACACGCACCAUGAAUGCCAUUUCUGUCAACGAUGGCCGUCUGACAGUUCUCGACAUGCCUGGCUACGGCAAGGGCAGUCACGAAGAGUGGGGCAAAGAGAUUAUGAAAUAUCUCAUCGGCAGGAAACAGCUACGCCGCGUUUUUCUACUCUUGGAUCCAGAGCAUGGGCCCAAAGCGGGAGACAUACAAUUACUUAAAGCAUUACGGUAUCAUGCUAUUCCUCAUCAGAUUGUGCUCUCGAAAACGGAUAAACUGGUUCGCCCGCGAGGAAGGAAUUUGUUUACAAAAGUUCCUGGUGAUAGAAUGGAGAUGCUGAAGCAGGUGUUUCAGGAGCUCAGAAAAGUAGUGCAGCCCCGCAGACGAGAUGGACCUCCAGCAUUAGGAGAAAUUAUUGCUUGCAGUGCUGAGAAGGGACUGGAAAAGAAGAACAGUGUAAAUGCCAAGUUGGGGAUUGAUAGGGUGCGGUACGCGAUUCUGGCUGCCACGGGCUUGGUAGGAAAGAGAAUGGCCAAGGAGGAUUUGAUGUCGGCGUGA